AUGCAGAUUGCUGGCUUUAACUGUAAUGGUAAAAUCUAUUUUUUUAAUGGUGGAAUUGAUGUGGAAGUAUUGAUGAAUACUGAUCAACAAGUUACUCUCAAACUUUCUUUGCUAGACUGUGGCAAAAUAUUAAUCACUACUUUAGUUUAUGCAAAGUGUGAUGCUAUCGACAGAUUGGAACUGUGGGAUGAUAUCUAUUCUUUAUCAAGCAGCAUGAAUUCUCCAUGGUUGGUAGGUGGAGAUUUCAAUGUCAUUUUAAAUGAAAAAGAAAAGAUAGGUGGAUUGCCAGUUCAUCAGACAGAGAUUGAGGAUUUUGCUUUUUGUAAAUAUUCUUGUGACCUUCAGGAUAUUGACUUUAGGGCAGUAUAUUUACUUGGUGGAAUGAUGGAGCAUCUGUCCAGAACUGGAUCAGAUCAUGCAUCUCUUGUGCUUACAGCAGGAGAACAAGCUCAGCAAUUCUGUAAGCCUUUUAUAUUCCUGAAAUUUUGGCAAUUAACCAUCAGGGAGGAUAUUGUUAAGAUCAAAGAGCGGUUAUUUGAAGAGGAUCCUUCUGAAGUCAAUAGAAUGGUGUUGCAACAGGCUCAAGCUGAAUUCAAAAGACAUCUGCAUUUUGAAGAAGAGUUUUGGAAACAAAAAGCUGGUGUAAAAUGGCAAUCAGAAGGAGAUAGAAAUACAAGGUUUUUUCAUAGCUUGGUGAAUGGAAGAAGGAAGAGAAUGCAACUUAAUAGAAUACAGAAUGAUGAUGGUGCUUGGUUGGAAGAUAGGGAUCAGAUUGCAACAGCAGCUAUAGAUAUCUAUCAGCAACAAUUCUCUUCUGAGCCAACAUCAUCAGAUUAUAGCAUUUUAGAGCAUGUGUAG